UCAUGAAUAAAUAAACAAAAUAUAUAUUAAAAUAAAAUCUUAAAAAAAGAAAUAAUAAUCUUGACUUCAGAGAUGUAACCCCAAAUAAGGAAUCUGCUGAGGAUUUAACCUAACAUUUAUCACCUUGGUCUGUUGGGGAAAUUUUUUUUAACUGUGAAGUCGGGAUUCAAGGCCUCCCUCUGCUUCUCAUUCAGGAGUCACAAGUGACAAGGUUUGUCCGGGGUCAGGCACCUGCACACACCACCGACGCUAAUCGCACACGCCUUUCGCCAUGGCCUGUCCCUGACGCGUGCCUUCCUGGGCCCUAGGAGGCCGCGGGUAGAUCACCACUCUGCCCCUCUGGCUUGGGCCCCUGAAGGCCGCCUCCCCCGCUUUGUGCUGGAGCAGGUGCAGCUGCCACAUAGAAGUGGCUCCUGUAAGUGACCCCAGACCAGCCCCAUGGGCCACCCUCUCCCAGGGACACCAUCCUCACUCCAGAUUCCCACAAGACUCAGUCUGCUCGGCCCAACGGCGGCGUGAGGGUUAACGAGGUGCCUGGCCCCGUGUAAGGGCUCCCAGGCAAUACUGGCACCACCAGUGAUGGGGGUGGCGAUUUGGCCCCCCCUCCUCUCUGGGCUCCCGGCCCCCCCACCCCCUCACCACACACCCACACUCACACCCACACCCACCACCCCAGACCCACUUCUCCUUUGCAGCUGCCCUGACGCCUACACCUUCCUGCCCUGGAGUUGUUGGGCCGUGGGCAGAGGACAGAGAGGCAGUGGGCCAGGGCUCCUGGAUGCCGGCCCACCCAGGGGGCUGCUGGAGUCCCUCGAGCCAGAAACCCGGGGCCAGCCUUGCUCCCCUUGCACCACAGCAUCACUCUUUGCUCCUAAACAGCUUCUAGAUGGUUCCCCUGCUCUGGACCGUGGAGUCCUGUCUCCAACUCCACAGCAGCCAGAGACAGGGUCGCUUCUGCAGCACAGCUCAGAGCAUCUCUCCCUGCGCUCUGGUAGGGGCUCCCCAGGGCCCAGGAGCCUGACGCGGAGGCCCAGAGCAUCCCUGCCUCCCCUCCUCUGCAGCAUCCCCUUGCCUGUCUCCAGACUCAGCUUCCCCCUCUUCCCCCUCUUUGCCUUUGCCCUCGCCAGCGCCAGCUUCUCUGCUGGAAGCGUUCUCUCCCCCCUCGAAGCUGCUGAAUCUGCUCCUGCCCCAUCCAGGCAGCCCCUGCCUCUGUGCUCCCCAGCCCUGAGCUGGGAUGGCCGACCCCAUCCCCGCCGAAGCUCUCUGCCAGCCCCUGCAGACGGCAAGGGAGGCAGGAGGGGCCUGUGUGUGUGUCUGAGGCUCAAUCUGAGAGACACGGGUGACAGGCCAAACACCAGAGAGUAGAGACAGAAGGGACCCCAGUGAGACUCAGAGGUAGGCAGGCCAGGACACACACAGCCCUGGGACCCAUGGGUCUUGGUCUGUCUGUUCAUCUAUUGAUCGGAGUCUCUCCCUCCUGCCUCGGAUCUGGGAACUGAGCUGUCUGUCCUCGGGCCCUCGGCCACCGUCUCCCUCCCCCCGCUGUGUCCUCUACUCCAGCCAGAGCUUCCCCACUGUCACCCAAGUCUGACUAUGGUGCCGUCUGCUGAAAGCUCUGCGUGGUUCCCUGGCUCCUUAACCCUCAGCCACGAGUCCAGCCCAGCCCCCGGGCCCAGCAGUCUCUGGGCCCCAUCUCUGUCCUCUUCCGUCAGUCAUGCUCCCCUAGAUCUCGCUGGGCAGACACCUUCCCACCAUCCCGUCCUUUCCGAAGCCUUCCAGCCCCCUCCAUGACUGCUGCCGUGAGGCGCUGUCUCCCCAGCACCCUGGGCACUCGGGAAGCCUUGUGAACCGAACCUGCUCUGCCUGGGAAGGGCUGGAAGGAGCCCCAGAGGGGGACCAGGUGGGGUGAGGAGGACACGGCUGGUGGGGGUUGUCUGGGGCUGUGGGCUGGCCUUGGGGAGCAGGACAGAGGAGGCCACCCAGAGGUCCUGACUGCAGGGGCCCAACCUCUACUGCCCAGGAGCGCGGGGUCUGCGCCCCAGCACAGGGCCAGCCCAGCAGUCGUCUGGAGGUGAUGGUUGAGUGGUUGAAUGGAGGAACCACAGGUAGAAAGAGAAGGUGUGGGGUGCGGGGCCUUGCGAGUGGUCCCACCCCAGCAGGCAGGAGGGUGGGGCGGGGCCCAGUGGGUGGCGGCCCCUCCCGGUUUCCUCCUCUGGGAGCCGAAGCCAGGCUCAGUCCCCCGCGAGCGAGCGCUGGGCACGGCAGCAUGGGCAGCGACAGGAGAGGCGCGCGGGGCCCGCGGGGCAGGGGCGCGCGGGGCAGGGACGGGCCGGUCCCCACGCGCUGCGUCCAGGCCGAGUGCUUUGACCCUCUGGUCCGAAACUGCGUGGCCUGCAAGCUGCUCCGGACGCCAGAACCCAGACCGGCAGCCGGGCCCAGCAGCCUGGCGCCCGGGACGGCGCUGCAGCCGCAGGAGUCGGUGGGCCCGGGGGCCGCCGCGGAGGCCGAGGCCGCGCUGCCGCUGCCCGCGCUGCUCUUCGGCGCCCCCGCGCUGCUGGGCCUGGCGCUGGCCCUCGUGCUGCUGGGGCUGCUGGGCUGGAGGUGGCGGCGGCGGCUGCGCGCGGCGGCUCCCCCGGGGGCCCCGGACCCGCGCCCGCGCCCGCACCCGCGCGAGACCCUGGACAAUGUCAUCAUCGUCCCCCCGGGGCCCCUUGAUGCGACAGCUCCCGUGUGGCCUCCGGCCGGAGAAGACCCAGCCAACACCCCGCCUGCCCACAGCGUCCCUGUGCCAGCCACAGAGCUGGGCUCCACCGAGCUGGUGACCACCAAGACAGCCGGGCCUGAGCAACAGUAGCGCCGGAGGGGCCAGGAGGUGGCCCCUGUCCUCCCUGUGGGCUGUCAGCCAGCGGCCUGGAGGGUGGACUCAGGUCUUCAUCACAGGGGCCACCUGCCCCUCUUCUGGGAACCAGGCUGCUCCUCAGCUAACCCUGCAGAACCACAGACUACAGGCCGGCCACAGGGCUCGGCGGCACAGAGCCUUUGGCUUCAAACCAGACCAUCUCUGGCAGCCCUGGAAGGUUGUGGCUGAGCUCCUGUGCUUUUGAGUGGUGGGGGCGCGUCGCGAAGGAGGUUUCUCUUUCAGUGCCAGAAAGCCACCGUAAACCAGAAUGAAUCUAGGAAGAGGAUCAAGUGGGAGGAUGCUUAAUUUAUAGCUGGGUGUUGUAUUUCUUUAAUACUUGCUCUCAGAGUUGUCCCGCUUUUAACUGAGGCGAAUGACAACCACAAGUAACCAACUGACUGGUUUGCUUCAGGAUCUAAUACAAGAUGAUUUGAUUUUAACAAGUA